AUGUCAACACAGCCACAAAACUUCCAAUGGCAAACCACCGGCUUAAUUGACAAGAACUUCACCAUCAAAAGCAGCCUCACCCUUUACAUAAUCGUCGUCAUCGCUGCCGGCUUCUUCCUCGCCAUCUUCUUCUUCUUCCUCGAAUGGAUCUGUCAACGUUUCCUCCGUCGCCACUUGCCUUCAACCACACUAUCAACAACCACGUUUCCUCCUCAGCCUCCAGGCCUCCACCCCACCAUUAUCCAAGCAUUGCCAACUACGUUUUACGAUUCAUCUACGGUUCCUGGCUCGAGCUCUAGUGCAGAUGCUGAGUGCAGUAUAUGUCUGGCUGUGUAUGAAGAUGGUGAUAAACUUAAGAUACUGCCUAAGUGCCACCAUUUUUUCCAUGAAGAAUGUGUUGAUAGGUGGCUUCACUCUUGGACAGCUUGCCCUCUAUGCCGAGCUAGCCUCCUCGAUAGCUCAUCAGCUGCUGCAACUACCUCAGACUAA